UCCGGCGUUCCCUGGUCAAAAUGAGGAAGGGGAUCCAGAGCGGUCAAGCUCACUCAGAGCAUCAGCACAGCAUCAAGGAGAAGGAGAGGGAGGUGUGGAGGGAGCAGGAGGAGAAGGAGUGGCAGCACAGGAGGGCCGAGAAGAAACUGCUAGCCUUCUGGAUGUCCUUGUCCCACAGGACCUGGACCUUCUUCAGGCCCCGCGAGAGACCGGCCUUCCAGAGGUCUGCCUCGGCCGCCCGGCUGCUCAAGAGUGAGGCGUGAGGAGGAAGUGUGUGUGUGUGGCUGGAGUGAAUGUAUGUGUGUGCAUGAGGGUCUGUCAGUAGCAGAGUGUUAGAGAGGCCUAACAGACCUGCUGUCAAGUGUGUGUGAGUGUGUGUGUGUCCAUUCAAGUGGAUGAAAGGUUCCAUUCCUCUGUCUCGUCCACCAUUUGCAAAAGUACUUUGUGUCGCUGCCCUGCCACCACUGGAGCGACAGGUGACGUUUAAUACAGGCCGAUUGAAUCCUUCUUUGCAGCAUUAUUAUUUGUUUUCACAAACCUACUUGAAAAAAAGGAGUUUUCAGACUAGAAACGUGACCCGUGACUUUUAAAAAAAAGCCUGGAUUGAGGUGAAGAGAACUUGGAAAUACCGUUGCCUGCUCUGGAUGUGACUUUUUCAGUCUAAAAGCCGACUUUGUGGCUCAGAGGAGCUCUUCGUCCCUUCUGAGGCCUCGACAUGGGUUAACAGGAAUUAGACAUGGUGGUGACCCAUCUGGCUCUGGAGCUGCGUUUCCAGGGGAAGAAACUGAGGGGCUUCACAUGCAAACUGACCCGCUCGACUCACGGCUUCCUGUCGGAAAAAUCGUGGACCAUUGCGGCGCAGGUUCUGCUGCCUUACCUGGUGUCUGGCCUGGGCAUGGUGGCAGCCGGGAUAGUCAUGGAUAUAGUGCAACACUGGGAGGUGUUCAGGGAGAUCUCAGAGGUGUUUAUCUUGGUGCCAGCCCUGGUGGGACUGAAGGGGAAUCUGGAGAUGACAUUGGCAUCCAGGCUGUCAACAGCAGCCAACACAGGGCAGAUGGAUGAGGCCCAGCAGCAGUGGAGGAUGGUGCUCUGUAAUCUGGCUCUCAUUCAGGUUCAGGCCACUGUGGUAGGAUUCCUGGCAGCGGUCUCAGCUGUGGGUCUCGGAGGUGUGACCAGGGGAAGGGUGGAUGCCGUCCAGGCUGCUGUCCUGUGUGCCAGCAGUGUCACCACUGCUUUUAUUGCUGCACUCUUUCUAGGUCUGGUGAUGGUGGCAGUGAUCAUCGGCUCCAGGAAAGCAGGAAUCAACCCAGAUAACGUGGCCACACCGAUAGCCGCCAGCCUCGGAGACCUCAUCACUCUGUCUGUGCUCGCUGGGGUCAGCAGCCUCUUCUUCUGCUACAGAGACAUGUGGUACCUGCCUGCUGUGGUUUGUGGCUUCUUUCUGCUCCUUAUCCCAGCGUGGGUCACUAUUGCCAGCCAAUCUCCACCAAUCAAAGAGGUCCUGAAGUCAGGCUGGCAGCCAGUCAUUUUGGCAAUGACCAUCAGCAGUAUUGGUGGUCUGAUUCUGGAUAAAACUGUGAGCAAUCCAAACUUUGAAGGAAUGGCAGUGUUCACUCCAGUCAUCAAUGGUGUUGGGGGAAACCUCGUGGCCAUCCAGGCUAGCAGGAUGUCGACUUACCUCCACUACUGGAGCGUUCCUGGAGCUCUUCCAAAUAAAAUGAAUGCAAACUGUCCUGGACCGUGUGCUACGUUCUGCUCUUCAGAUGUGAACUCCAGGUCAGCCAGAGUCCUGCUCUCCCUCGUGGUCCCGGGUCACCUGCUCUUCCUGUACACCAUCCACCUGCUCCAGGGAGGCCACACUGCCAUGAUGCCCAUCUUCAUCAUCUGCUACCUGUUUGCAGCUCUGCUCCAGGUGGUGAUUUUGCUCUACGUGGCCGGCCUGAUGGUGCGCUGGCUGUGGCGAAAGGGUCUGGAUCCGGACAACUUCUCCAUCCCCUACCUCACAGCUCUGGGUGACCUGCUGGGGACGGGCUUCCUGGCUCUGAGCUUCAGACUGCUUCUGUUGGUUAAUUCUACUGGGAUAGGAGUUUGACACAGAUAUGUGGCCCUGCACACCAUGAAUGCUUCAUAUAUGCAAGCAGCUGAAACACAUUGAAAAGAUGACUGGGAUUAAUAGGAUGGUGAGGAUAAGAGAAGACAGGAGGUAAGUAUAUCAUUGUAUUUGAGCCUUAAUACUGAGCAGGUGAUGGUACAGUUUGACAACAGAAAAAUAUGUUUUGCAGUCACGUUAUUAUAAUGCACAGAAUUGUUGAAUUCUAGCAAACACGAUUAAUGUCUACGUGCUUGUUGGCUAUUAUCUGUUUACCGUAGUAACCUCCCUGUCCGCUUUACUGUUUUAUUCUCUGAUUCUGUACUUUGUGUGCUCUGGAACCCUUUAAGAUCUGACCACUGUGUUGCUCUUGCUCUGUAAAACUUUGUGUUCUAGUGUGCCAAGCUCAGCACUAAAAUAUGUUCAGACAGACUGUGAAACAAAUGUUAAAGGCAGCACAACUCCACUGAGAGAAAUCUGAGCUAGUAGGUGCAGAAAACUUUGAACAUGAAUCUGUUCUAUAAAAGUUCUGGUGACAUCAGUCAGAGGCUAAAAGUCUGGUACUUUGGCAUGCUGCAACUAGUACAGAUUCUAAACAUAGGAGAGUGAAAACUAAUCAGUAAAUCUUGAAGAAGUCAACAGCUCUUUUAAGUAUUUUAUGUAAUAUUUCAAUCAUAUUUACUAUUAUUUACUUCAUGUCUAUUUGAUGAAACCAUUCAUUAAACAAUGUUAAUCAUCUUCACUGAAUUGGAAUACUGUGAGUCACUGAGGAAAGACAACAAUUCUUAGCACUUUCAUUGCAUCCUCUGUUGUCAAAAUCAUAAGGAACCCUGCAGCGAUCAUGUUCAAAUAAACAGCAACCUAAAUCUACAAAAAAAUGGCCGUAACCCAAAGUAUUAUUCAAUUUUGCACUUCAGAACGUCAGCAAACAGCACAUAGUUCAGAACUAAAAUACUUUAAUUUCCUGUUUGUUGGGUUAAAAGUGCUUCCUUCUGGCCAUGGCCUCUGAUCUGUGCUGGUUUGUGCUCCUGGGCUUCCAGGAUUUUGAGGGGAAUCUCAAAAACAGUUGUAGAUAUAGCUGACGUUAUGAGCAGAUUUCCCAGACAGUGAGUAAGCCAGCAGGUUCUAUAUGAAGAUGGUUAGCUGUGGUAAUAAUCAGGUUAAUGUCAACUCUGUGCUACACUGCAAACCUUAUACAUGAACUUGACUAAGUGUCUGAGCAGCCAAAACUGUUUGUAGAACAACAGUACAGUAUUCAUUGUAAACUCAGGCUAAUUUUCCAGUCAUCCAUUAUCUGUAUACCACUUUAUCAUGUGUAGGCUAAUGGAGGGGCUAGAGCCUAUUCCAGCUGACAGCUGCUGCCAAAGGACAGGUUAAAUCCAUCACAGAGAGACAGGAACACUCACAAAUAUUGACAAUUUGGAAUCACCAAUUAUUGACUUGUGAAAACCCACACAGGCACAUAGAAACAAGUUUCAUGGGUAGUUUACACAGGAGUACCUGUACCCUGUUAGGUUUGUGAGACAGUCACCAGCUUCCUGAUUUCUUUCUCGACACCAUGAGGGUCAUAAGUACACCCCACAACUAACUGCUCAAAGAUCAGGGGUAAGUUAGUUAUCUUCUGCUGGAGUUAGUAGAGGUAUACUGGUGGGUCCCUGUUCACGAUUACAACCGUUGUGGGGUUUUUAGGGAAUUAAUUCAGUUGAUAAUUGAGGGAAUGGCUUCAAAUGUGGAGAGUUUUUUAUUCAGGCUUAUUCAGGGUCUGCAUUAACAAGCAGCUUCAGAACAUUAUAAGAAAGAAAUUGCUGAUAGGAAACAGUGUUAAAGUUUUUAUAAGAGGGGAGCUGAUUGGGGCUGGAGUGCUUUAGGGGCAGUUUGUUUGGAGCCCUUUUAAUUUAACUUUUCAAAAGCAGAAGGAUGGAAGUGGAGACAAAAUAACUAGAAUCCAUCUGAAAUGAUGUACUCCAUUUUUCACAUUUGGCUGAAAUUGUGGUACCUUGAAGGACUGAGCUGGUUGAGAUGAUGACGUUAAAGCGAAUAAGAGCAGAAAAAGCCCAGAAAUGGAGAGUAGAAGCAAAUUAAAACCUUUAUGGAACAUAGAAUGCAUUUUGUUUGCACCAAUGAACUUAUUCUUUGUGUGGUAAUCCAUAAAAUGUCAUUUAUUUACUUCCAAAACAAGCUUUCUGUGCUCCAAAUAUCACACUCAGGACUGAGGCUCAAAUAUAACAAUGUCUGAAAACGGGUUAACUAGCGACACCGUGAACUUACUUUGCACUUCGUUCUCCAUAUUUGCCAGCUCACUGUGGUCAAUAUGUGUACACUGUUCACUGACUUCUAUAUCAGCAGCACCCAGCUUGGCUUUGUAGAAACAACAUCCCUUCAGAGUGGAUGCAACUGUAAUAACUGUCUACACAUCUGUACACCUAUUGUCAGCUCUUAAAUGUUAGAUGGCAAAUGAUUGUAUUAAGGCAAUAAUAACGUAUAUUAUUCAAUGUAUAUUAACAGAAAUCAGACACUACACAGUCUGGAUGAAUGUUAGAUUUCAUCGUGUUUAUUUUAUGUAGAUUUGUGCCUUUUAAACCGUGAUCAGCCUUCCGUUGGUCUUGCUAAAUUUUUACGAGAUAUUUUAUUUUUUUGUGCAGCACAGUGCCACUGAACGUAGCCUGUUGUAUUUAACCGUCUCUGUGUUAGUAUGUGUUCCAGGUAUCGACGACACAGAUGUUUCUUUGUGCUAUUUUUGUGAGGAAAUUAUUUCGUAUGCAUCUCUCUGUAUGGGGCCUUUUCAACGGUAUGAUAUGCACUUUUAGAAAGGUGCUCAUGACCAGGAAGCAGCUUUAGAAUACAGUAAUAAUCCUAUUUUCAUCAAGCUUGACUGGAUUUUGUAGUGCUGUCGCAUUUGUAAAAACUUCUAGAUGACAUCUUUACAGCCAUGAUUUGUCGUUUCAAUAAAAGAAUGACGUGUAAGUCAUGACUGCUGUAUCCUAAACAGAA